GCCAGCAGCCGCCGCCCGCCACCUCCUCUCUUCCUCCGCUGUUGCCCGGGCCGCCCCGCCGGGCCCCAAACUCGGCCCGCGCCUCGGCGCGCGGCCCCCUUGGCCCACGGGGCUGGCGGCGCGGUUGGGACAGGACCGAUGUGGCGCAUGCGUGGUGGCGCCAGGCGCGGGAGCUUCGGCGGCGGGGACAGCGACGGGCUGGGCCUCCGGGGCCGGGUUCGUGGGGGUGGCGGUGUCAGCGGUGGCGGCGUGGGCUGGCGAGGCCGCGCGGGCGGCGCCCGACGGCAGCUGGAGGAGCGGUUUGCCGACCUGGCGGCGAGCCACCUGGAGGCUCUGCGUGCGCGGGACGAGCGGGACCGGCAGAACGCGCGGCUGCGCGAGGAGAAUGCCCGGCUGAGGCUCGAGAACCGGAGGCUGAAGCGGGAGAACCGCAGCCUCUUCCGUCAGGCCUUGCGCCUCCCCGGCGAGGGCGGCGACGGGGCGCGCGCGGAGACUGCAAAUGCGAUCCCGGGCCCUGAGGAGGUCGGCACGAACAGGAGAGCGAGAGGCAGCGGCCCGGAGGACGCGCCGGGCAGCCCCAGGGCCCUGAGGGCCCGCCUCGAGAAGCUGGAGGCCAUGUACCGCCGCGCACUGCUGCAGCUGCACCACGAGCAGCGGGGGCCGCGCCCGCAGGGGGGAAAGGACGGGCCGCCUCCGCGCGCACCUGAGGCAGCCCGGCGAUCCCCGGCCGCGGAGUCCCCCGAGCCCUGGCUGUAGCCCGAGGCCGCAGCCGAGGAGAGGCGGGGCCUCUCGACGGGCCCCGCCCCCACCCCGCCCCGCGCAGGCCGCGCCUCGCCGCUGCGGAGGCUUAGGACAGCUGUGCGCUCCCGCCUUCCUCCCGGCGCCGACCGUCCUGGGGCCGCUUAGCCUUAGGGCCGCAAAGGUUGAGAGACAAGGGCGCCGGGUCCUCUCCAGUCCCCACGUCUCCAGACUACCUGCUCUGGCCCCGGCCGGUUUCCAUGGAGAGAAGCCUAGGAACGGAGGGGCGGGUUUGAAAACAGCAAGAAACGGAUGCCAGUCAGCGCCUCCAAAUGCCUGAACUUUUCUGGGUGUUAAGAGGACCUGUUGCGUUUGUUUACUCUGUUUCGGUUCUUUGAGGGAUGAACAUGCAUUUUGAGUUGUUUAAGUUUUUCGUACUUCACUCCCUAAAACCUCCAGCCAUUAUCUCUUAUGUGGACGAUAUUUUAAGUAUUUGUUUUUAAAAGUUGGUAUUACUUGGAUAUCCUAUAAAGUACCAUCGUUUUAUUAUAAAGGUAAUAUUUAUAAUUUAGGAACUCAUGUCUGCCCCUGGCUGUAGUCCUUACAUAUCUAAUAUAUACUGAUUUCUUUACCCCCAGGCACUUUUUAGUAUCUGCCUAUAAGUGAACCUUUGAAUUGGUAAAUAAAUCUCAUGCAUUAAAAAGAACGUUAAGAACAUCCCACCACUAUUCUUCGAAGUGUGUUAGGUUUUCUUUUCUUUAAUAAAUGGGCAUUUAUGUAUAUUUUUCAGGUUUUAAUAUCUGACUUUGGUUAUCCUCUAUAAGGUAUUUUUGCUUUAUGUAACAUUGUUUUAAAUAAAGAUUAGCUUAUUCAUUUUUAUUGCAUUUUAGAUGACAUUAAAGAGCAUAGCCAGUUCACAGCUACUUUGCCUUAUUUUGUCUAAAAUUUAAUAAUUUUUACUUACGAAUUAAUUUUGUAUCAAAAGCCCCCAAGGUGAUUUAAGGCAUCAUUAUAAUUUCAAUGGCAGAAAAAAAAUGUGAGUAAUUUUAACAACAAAUGUUCUAAAAUCACUUUUUUUGCAUUUUGUUAAUGAUUAACGCUUUUACCUACUAAGUAGUGAAAAAAAUGGGUGUAAGAGUGUAAGUAAUGGAAAACACUUCAGUUAAAGAAAAAAAUCACAAGAAGUUUCUUAAAGCUAGAAAAAAUACCAUGGGUUUGAGUUUUUGUUUAUGUAUGGUGUAUUCCAUAAGUUUAAAUUAUAUAGCAUAUAUUAACAAAACAAGUUGCCAGGGGAAAUAGUUUUGUGAUUUUUCUUAUCCUGAGUUUUGAAGAAACUAUGCAUUUUUCUUAAAGGUAGUUGAUACUCAGUAGUGAAUAUUGAAAUCUUCCACUAUGACAGAGAAAUAUGAGAAGAAACUUGGUGAAAAUAAAAGUUACAUGAAAAACA